AUGUACACCGCGGGGACGGAAAGCUUCCUCCGCCAGGCCAGGAACAUCCAGGAUGAAGAACUGAAAAAAUUCACUGCUCGGAUUGCAGGCCUCUUCCAAAACCAGGAUUUUGGGAAUGAAACCAUCGACUGCUUGCAAAGAUUAUUCCUUAUUGUCUCGGCUACCAAAUAUGGUCGGAAAUUGGAUGGCAGAUUCGUGGAGCUUCUGCAGACGGCGUUGCAGAUCCCCAGGUCCCCCAAGCAAGUCCAGGUCCUGUGUGCCGCCAUCCUGAGAGAAAUGCUGCCCUGCAACGAUCUGCCGCUGUCGUGGGAGAAGAUCCAGGACACAGAGAUCUUGAGUCUAACGUUCCCCAUCAUUCUGGCCCAGGGCGGUGCGAAGGCGGAGAUGGAAGCCAUGGGACCGCGUCUGGUCAGAGCGCUGGAAGGCCGACUUCCCGAAGGUCAGAGCACUCGCCAUCUCCUGCCUCUCCUGUCAAAGGUCAUCAGCCUGGCACCGACAAGCCUUAACGAAGACCAAGUCAACCUUCUCAGCAAACGGAUGGUGGACUGGCUCAGGUACGCCAGCCUCCAGCAAGGAACUCCCCAGUCCUCGGGAGGCUUCUUCAAUCCCCGCGCGCGGCAGCCUGGUCCCAUCACGGAGGUGGACGGAACCAUCGCCACCGACUUCUUCACCGUGCUGUCGGUCGGGCAGCAUUACACCGAGGACCAGUGGCUUAACGUGCAGGCAUUCUCCAUGCUGCGGAAGUGGCUCUUGUGCUACGGGAGCGGCGGGACGAGCGGACCAAAUUCAGACGAUAAAUCGGAGGUGGAGGGUUCUAUCAUGUCGAUGGUCUCCGUCACCUCCACAUCCAGCCGCCUGCUCCCCCCGAAAGAACGCUUGAGGGAGAAGGCUUUCGAGUACUGCCAGCGGCUUCUGGAGCAGAGCAACCGCAGGGCUCUGAAGAAAGCAGACAGGGAGCUGCAAAAAGCCUGUCUGAUUGAGGCGGUCACCGUCAUGGACAUUAUUUGCAUACAGGACUCUUCCUACGUCUACCGCUCCCUCUCCUGUCUGAAGAUCUUGCACGGCCGGGUCAGCGGGGAUCUUUCCUACGCGCGAGUGCUGCUGCCGAUUGCCCAGUUCUUCCUAAACCACAGUGAGACAGCGGCCGUCGACUCGGAAGCGGUUUACAAGCACCUGUUCACCAAAGUCCCGGCCCAGCUGUUCCACAGCCCGAUGCUGGCUUACGAGUUCAUCCAGUUCUGCCGACACAACAUCUCGUUCUUCGCUGGGAAUCUCUGCGUCUUCCGCCAGAGCACCCCAAACCUGUUCAAGUUCCUAGCAUGGAACAACCCAGCUCUAGUUGCUGAAUUCAUGGACCUUUUACCAGCCUUGCUCGGGGCAGAUACCACCGUGGAGAUUUUUCAUUUGCUGCUGGACCUGCCGUGUUUAACGGCCGCCUUGGACAUCCAGUUGAGGUGUGCCCAGGCCCCCAUGUCCGAGAGAGCCGCCUUAGACGCGGGGGUGAAGCCGGCCACCUGUCUGGAAGCCUUCCGUCACCCGCAGUACCGAGGCCUGUUCCAGUAUCUCCUCCGGGUCGAGUCUGCUCCAGGAGACCCUGGCAGGUUGACUCCCCUCCGCCAGCUCCUGGGAUCUAUGGCCAGCGCCCCUCGGGUGGUGCAGUGUGCGGAGAGCGUCCCUGUCUUACUGCAGCUCUUCUUCGGAGAGGUGGCCGAGUUUGCCGACGGGACCCUCGCCAACAAGCUGGUCCUGGCGCUGCUGGAGAGGAGCAGCCAACUCUAUGAGAUUCCGACUUUCAAGGCCGAGAUGCACCAAGUGAUGGGCGCGCAGCUGCCCGUUCUGUGCAAACGGCAUCCGUCGCUGGUAGCAGAGCUGUCUAAGCCGCUCAUGGAGUUUUCGGGAACCGUCGCCAACAUUCAGAGCAAGGAAGGGAUCUUCACCCACGUGGUGUGGGCCGUCGGCGAGUACGCCUCAGUCCAGCACGACAAGAGGUGCACGGUGGAGCAGGUCAACAAGUUCUUCGAGGCCCUGGAGGCCAUGCUCUUCGAGAUCACGCAGCUGCGGCCCUCCGCCAGCCUCCCCCAGCACUCCCCCCGCAUUAUCACCGUCCUCAUGACCGCACUAACCAAGCUGGCGUCGCGCAGCCAGGACCUGAUCCCAAGGGUGUCCCUCUUCUUGUCCAAGAUGAGGCUGUUUGUCCAGAGCCCGGCCGUCUCCUCCACGUACAGCGCCGAGGACAGGGAAGCCAUCCUGACACGGGCCACCGAGCUGACGAACCUGCUGAAAAUGCCCAGCGUGGCUCAGUUUGUGCUGACGCCGUCGGAAGAGGUCUCCAGCCCCCGCUUCCACCGCGACGCGCACGUCUCCCUGCCACUUGCAAUGAAGACAACCAGCCGGCUGUUAGAAGGCGGGACGGGUUCCGUUCCGGCUUGA